GGGCAGAGGCCUUUAACUGCUGUUUCCUGUUUUGAUUUGUAUUGGGGGAAUGCCAAAACAGGUCCUUUUUGCUGUUCGCCCUCGUGAGGUAGGUUUUUUAAAAUGGAGUGGGAGCGUCGAUUGAAAUGGUAAAAAUAUUUUCAAGUGAUGGGCAAUACGGAAUUGUUAUUGGUUGCGAUACCAAACUGCGCAAGAUGGAGUGUUACGAAAACAGUAUAAGCUGCAGAGAUGACCUGGUGCUAAGAUCUCGGCUUCGAAAUCGGACCUCUAAGGUCAAAUGCUCGCUUGCUGGAGAGCCUCAGGAAUACGAGACGGAUGCCAGUUCAGCUAGAGGGAGACGCAGAGCGGGCACAACAUAUGGAAGAGGGAAAGAUACGCAAGAGGAAAUUCCAUCUGAGUCACAGGGAUCAUUCGGCAUCCCGGGAUCGGAUGGUGAUGUGACCACAAAGCGCGUCCUGAAGACGCCGUCUCGCCCGGAACUUCGUUGCUAAGCAACGGCAUCAACCUGUUGCCAGCGGCCGACAAGGAACUUUUAACGACAGGAAUCCAAUCGGAUACGGAAGCCAUUAAAAAAAUGUGAAGAUGAGAGGACAAGCUCACCGGAUUUCCAAUGCCCGACAGAAGUUGAAUUAAACAAUAAUUUGAUUGUGUUGAUGCGUGAGUGCUGAAGGGGGAGGAGCGAUUAAAAGGGUGUGCAUUAAAUUGGACUGAAACUUAGGUAAUUCGAACUUUUAAAUCCA